GCGAAGGGAGGGGAGGAAAGCGGACUGUUGGGUUGGGGAGGGGGGGGCGUCGCGCUGGGAGGGAGGCGGCGCGCACGGUGCAGCCGGGCCGGGCGGGAGGCAUGGCGGGGCCCCCGGCCCUGCCCCCGCCGGAGACGGCGGCGACCGCCGCCUCGUCGGCCUCGUCCCCCCGCUACCAGGAGUGGAUCCUGGACACCAUCGACUCGCUGCGCUCGCGCAAGGCGCGGCCGGACCUGGAGCGCAUCUGCCGGAUGGUGCGGCGACGACACGGGCCGGAGCCGGAGCGCACGCGCGCCGAGCUGGAGAAGCUGAUCCAGCAGCGCGCGGUGCUCCGGGUUAGCUACAAGGGGAGCAUUUCCUACCGCAACGCGGCGCGCGUACAGCCCCCGCGCCGGGGCGCCACCCCGCCCGCCCCGCCGCGCGCCCCCCGGGGCGCCGCAGCCGCCGCGCCGCCGCUUGCACCGGUUGCAUCCCCGCCCCGGGCUCCCCGGGCGGCUGCGGCUGCCACAGCGCCCCGGCCCCCGGCGUCCCGGCCGCACCGCCGCUCGGCGGGGCACCAGUCCGUGCCCAACGGGCCGCGCCCCCUCUCCCCCGCCGCCCCCCCCGCGGGGGCUCCGCCGCCGGCCCCGCGCCGGCCGGCCCCGGCCGCUGCCCGAGAGACCCUGCCGGCGCCCCUGCCGGAGGGCGGCGCGCAGCGGGGCGGGGCCGUCCGGCCGGUGAGCCUGAGGGAGGUGGUGCGCUACCUCGGGGGGAGCGGCGGCGGCGGGGCCGGGAGCGGCGGCGGGGGUCGGGUAACGCGCGGGCGUGUGCAGGGGCUGCUGGAGGAGGAGGCGGUGGCUCGGGGCCGCCCGGAGCGGACCCGCCUCGGAGGCCAAGCCCUGUCCCGCGGGGAGCGCCCGGGACGGGCUCCCGCCGCCAAUCCCCGAGCGGCUCGAAGUAAGAAAGCUGGGGAAGAGCCAGUGCCUGAGAAAGAGGAAAGUGAGGAUGAGGAUGAAGUGUCCGCCCUCUCUGAGGGUUCUGAAGUGCCCGAGGGAGAUGGGGUUUCCAGCAGGCAGUGCCAGCUAAAUGGGGAGACUGAACAGCGGGCCAAGGAUAGCAGGAAAGAGCGGCCAAGGGACUGGAGCCCCCCAACCCUGCCUAGGGGCCAGGACGAGGGUCAGCGGCUAGCCCCUGGAGAUGGCACUCGGGAGGCCUUCCCAGUGGGCGUGGUGAAGAAAGAAGGGGGAUCAGCUUCAGCUGCUGCAGGGCCCGACCCCCCCUCGCCUGUGCCUUUGCCUCCUGGGAAGCCAGCCCUGCCUGGUGCAGAUGGAACACCCUUUGGCUGCGCCUCCGGGCGGAAGGAGAAGCCUUCAGACCCUGUGGAGUGGACGGUGAUGGAUGUGGUGGAGUACUUCACUGAGGCCGGCUUCCCCGAGCAAGCCUCCGCUUUCCAGGAGCAGGAGAUCGACGGGAAGUCCCUGCUCCUGAUGCAGCGCACAGACGUGCUGACCGGUCUGUCCAUCCGCCUCGGCCCCGCCCUCAAGAUCUACGAGCACCACAUCAAGGUGCUGCAGCAGGGCCACUUUGAGGAUGACGACCCCGAUGGCUUCCUGGGUUGAGCCUCCAACCUCGCUCCAUCCCCGAGGGAGGUGACCGGAAACUCCCUUGAGAACCCCCUUCGUCGGGGAAGCUCUCCGAGGAGGAAGGGCCCUCCCUGCAACGAGAAUAUCCCAACGAGGGGGCGCGCCCCCCGUCCUGCACCCCCUUCCCGAUCUCCCUCUUGAUUUCCCCCACCCCACCCCUUGUCUGUCUUGUGGAUCUCCAUCCCGCACGUCCUUGCUUUCCAAGCGGGUGGGGGGGCGGGCAACGGACCACUAAUUUCACGUCGGGAGGAACUCUCCCCUCCCUCACCCCGUCUACCCACCACCGCCCUUCUCCCCGGCUACUUCACGGAGAGACAGAGAAAGGGGUCACCCCCCCCUCCGCCCCCCACCUCGGCCGGGAAUCUACCUUGUAAAUGUAGCUCCUGAGUGAUUUCGGUGGGAGGCAGGGACCCACCCCCCCCGCCCCC